GCAGAGGUAGAAGUUGAAGUCGAUUGGCUUUGAACGCAAAUGGACUUCAACCAAAGCCAAGGAGAAGCAAAUGAACUGUUUGAAGCUCAAGCUCAUAUAUAUAAACAUGUCCUCAACUAUGCCACCUCUAUGUCGCUUGGUUGUGCACUUGAACUCGGCAUACCCGACAUCGUUCAUAAUCAUGGAAAACCGAUCAUCAUUCAAGAACUUGUUUCAAAGCUCAAUCUCCACAUUGACAAAACCCCUCAUUUGCAUCGCUUAAUGCGGCUGCUAAUCCACUCCAACUUCUUUUCCAUUACCAAACUUCCUGAUCAAGAUGACGAAGGGUAUGCUCUCACGGCUGCAUCAAAGUUACUGCUCAACAACACUUGUGAAAACCAACAAAACUUAUUACCUUUUGCUAGUUUGGCCUUAGAUCCUGUUAAUAUGACUCCUUGGCAGUUCUUGGGGAAGUGGUUUAAGGGAAACAAAUCAACUGUUUUCGAGACUGCUCAUGGGAUUCCUUUUUGGGAAUUUGCUAACAAGAACCCUAGAUAUAACAGGUUGUUUAAUGAUGCAAUGGCAAGUGACUCUCAAAUGAUGAGUUUGGUUGUCAAAGAUUGUGGGGAGAUAUUUGAAGGUGUGGAGUCAUUAGUUGAUGUUGGAGGUGGAACCGGACUCAUCGCUAAGAUUCUCCUUGAAGCUUUUCCACGCAUGACUUGCACUGUUUUAGACCUCCCACACGUUGUUGUUGGCUUGACCGAAACUAGGAAUCUCAAAUAUGUUGGAGGUGAUAUGUUUAGCUUCAUCCCAUCUGCUGAUGCCAUCUUCUUUAAGAAUGUUUUGCAUGACUGGAGUGAUGACAAGGUGUUGAAGAUACUGAAACGGUGUAGGGUGGCUAUUCGAUUUGCAGGUGAUAAAGGAAAAGUGAUCAUCAUAGAUAUUGUGGUAGACGCUAAACAUGACCGACAUGAGAUAACAGAAACUAAGAUGGUUUUUGACGUCUUGAUGAUGGUUUUGGUUGCAGGAAGAGAAAGAACCAAGGUUGAGUGCGAGAAAUUGUUCUUAGAAGCUGGAUUUAGUCGAUAUAAAAUAACUCCCAACUUUGGCUUAAGGUCCCUCAUUGAAGUUUUUCCUUAGAUCUUUUCUUGAAGUAUCAAAAUGGUAUGUCAAUUAUGGUUUGUAUGUUAAACUCUAAACCCUAAACCUUCAAUAAAUAUAUGUAUGAAACCUUACAAUGUAAAUUUGUCUUUCUACUUUUCUAGUUUGAAUGAAAUAAUAGCCCAAAA